UCAUCGUCCAAUCGCGAGGCUGGGUGGCUGCCCAAGAUGGCGGCGCGCUGGGAGCGUAACAUCUGCGUUUCUAGGAGCUUCGCGCUGCAUAUGGUUUGAGACUAGGGGUUAGAGGCCCGCUCCAGAUUGGUGGUUUGGCUGGAACUUGGCCCGCAGAGAUGGCUCUGAGUAAAUCAAUGCAUGCAAGAAAUAGAUACAAGGACAAACCUCCUGACUUUGCAUAUCUGGCAUCCAAAUAUCCAGAUUUUAAGCAACAUAUUCAUAUAAAUCUGAAUGGAAGAGUGAGUCUUAAUUUUAAAGAUCCCGAAGCAGUCAGAGCUCUGACUUGUACUCUCCUAAGGGAAGAUUUUGGACUUUCUAUUGAUAUUCCAUUGGAGAGACUAAUUCCCACAGUUCCCUUGAGACUCAACUAUAUUCAUUGGGUAGAAGAUCUGAUUGGUCAUCAUGACUCUGACAAAAGUACUCUCCGAAGAGGAAUUGACAUAGGUACUGGAGCAUCCUGCAUCUAUCCUUUACUUGGAAGUACCUUAAAUGGCUGGUAUUUUCUUGCAACAGAAGUAGAUGAUAUGUGCUUCAACUAUGCAAAGAAAAAUGUGGAACAGAAUAACUUAUCUGAUCUUAUAAAAGUUGUAAAAGUACCACAGAAGACACUUCUGAUGGAUGCUCUUAAAGAAGAAUCUGAGAUAAUCUAUGACUUUUGCAUGUGCAAUCCUCCCUUUUUUGCCAAUCAGUUGGAAGCCAAGGGAGUAAACUCUCGAAAUUCUCGAAGACCUCCACCUAGUUCGGUAAAUACAGGAGGUAUCACAGAGAUCAUGGCAGAAGGAGGCGAAUUAGAGUUUGUUAAAAGGAUCAUCCAUGACAGUUUACAACUUAAAAAAAGAUUGCGGUGGUAUAGCUGUAUGCUGGGAAAGAAAUGCAGCCUUGCUCCUCUGAAGGAAGAACUUCGAGUACAAGGGGUUCCUAAAGUCACCUACACCGAAUUCUGUCAAGGUCGGACAAUGAGAUGGGCCUUAGCUUGGAGUUUUUAUGAUGAUGUAACAGUUCCAUCACCACCAAGUAAGCGAAGAAAAUUAGAGAAGCCAAGGAAACCCAUCACAUUUGUAGUGUUGGAGUCUGUGAUGAAAGAAUUAUCCCUCAAAGCAUCAUCUUUGGGCUCGGGGACAGUGGAAGAAGGCAUAGUAGUUGUGACAACAUGGAUUGAAAAAAUUCUCACUGAUCUUAAGGUCCAGCAUAAACGAGUUCCUUGUGGAAAGGGGGAAGUUAGCCUUUUCCUAACAGCCAUAGAAAACUCCUGGAUUCAUUUAAGGAGAAAGAAAAGAGAACGAGUGAGACAAUUGAGAGAAGUUCCUCGAGCUCCUGAGGAUGUCAUCCAAGCCUUGGAAGAGAAAAAGUUCACCCCCGAAGAGUCUGGCAGUAGCCAAGAUUUGGCCCAGGGCCCCCCAGAGAGUGGGCCUGCUCUACAGGAAGGCGAGUCAGCCACUGUUGAGGGCCAUGGCCCAGUCCAGGAUUCGCUUUUCCAGGAAGGAAACCCAGGACCCAUGGAGGAUGAAAGGAGUGAGGAAAAGGGAGACAUGGAGGUCUUGGAAAGUUGUAAAGGCUCUAGCAAUGGAGCCCAGGACCGAGAGGCUUCUGAGCAGCUUAUCAACCCAGUGUCUGAAAAAGAGCACCCUCUCCAAGGAGUGGCUGGACAUUACCUUUUCAAGUGUUUGAUAAACAUUAAGAAGGAGGUAGAUGAUGCCCUAGUUGAAAUGCACUGGGUUGAGGGUCAGAACAGGGAUUUGAUGAACCAGCUUUGUACCUAUAUACGUAACCAGAUUUUCAGGCUUGUUGCCAGUUAACUCCAAACUUCUUGCACAGUUGGAAAAGUUCUAUGAAGCAGCUUGCUUGGAGUGGCCUGUGGGGUGGCAAGAGGAAUUCUACCAUGGGUUUAUUGGUAGCAUUAUGUGGAAUUACCUUUAAAAACAAAAACAAAUUAAUUCAUUUUUAGACCUCCCCCCAACCCCCUUUUUUUAAGUUACAGGGCAUUGUAGUAUGGUAGUUCAGGAGGAAGAAUUGUGAUUAUCAGCAUCAAAAAAAAGCCAUCAGAACACUCAUAAUGGAUUUAAACCUGAAUUAAACUGAUUACCUUAGCUUUAGACUGCUUCUCUGAGGCUAAAAGGAUUAUUUUUGGAACCUGGUCUGGGUCAGAACUGUACAGAGCAUCCUGCUUUCUCAUCCUCCAAAUGGAGGCAGUACACCUGGGCAGAUAGGCUCUGUGCCCUCUUCUAGUGUCACCUUGAAGACUGAAGACUUUCUCUGGGUACAUAUGAUUGACUGCCCCUGAGUCAGUCCUAGGAAAAGAACUGGCCUGAUGGUAGAUGGUGGGAGAGUCAGGGAGAGGAAGCUUAGUAAUGCCAGAAGAGGGGCUGAUCUGGGGAGUGCCUGGAAACGUCACAUUCCUGACUCAUGUCCAUUUUGAUGUUGCUUAUUCCAGAAACAAUUAGGUAAGCAAAACUCCCAGAUAUGAGUGACUGAGACACAACAGAAUGAAGCCAUACCCUUACCUCCAACCUGUUGAAAGUACUGUUUGUAGUAGUUUUACUAGUAUAUGACAUUUGAAAUGGAGCUUUGUUUUGUUUUUAAUAUAAGAGUAAUUCUGAA